GUUUGGUUUGUUUGAAGAUUGAGUUUGGUUUUGAAAAUUUGGAUGAUAAUUGGUGAAAAAUGAGCGAAAUACCUAAAAUGAAGGCGCAAAUUGUGUCCCGGUUCAACAUAAGUGGUUAUCAGAUAAGAAGCGAUGCCAGCAUCUUCCUGGCCCAGUACAUCGCACCGAUGCCGGACGCAGAGCGCAAACGCUGGCUGACCAGCAUCACCGGUCACGUACAGGGUCAGGGUCUAGACCUGCCUGUGGUUGAGAAGCGCCACAUCGAGCUGGCCAUCAAGGAGGCGAGCAACACCGGCCUCGAGGACAACGAGUCGGUGUUUUCCGUAAUUAACGCGUUCGACGUGCCCAAGUUCCGGUACUGCGAGGAAAAGCGCAAGUUCCUACCCGUUAGUGGUGGCCCCAAGCGGGAUCUGCUGCCGGGGCCAGACAUGAAGGCCGAGUACAUCCGCGAUCGGUACAUGAUGCUGUGGCAAAAGACCAGUCGGCACGAGAUGUUUAACGCGAGCAAGGACGGCAUGGUGGGCAAUUCGGUGAAGAGGUUGACGCUACGCAAGAUUGAAACGUUGCUGGCGACCUCCAAGAUGAACGAGGUUGUUAUUCUGGGGCUGUUGACGCAGUUGACCGAGGGCAAGUUCUACCUGGAAGAUCCCACCGGGGUGGUUCCGAUCGAUCUCAGCGAAACGGUCUUCUCGUCCGGGUUGUUCUGCGAAGGUUGCUUCGUGCUGGCCUGUGGCAAGUUUCGCGACGGAACGCUCAAAGUUGAGGAGAUGGGCUUUCCCGUGUCCGAGCUGGCCUCCAGCAGUCGGGCCUACUUCGGAACGAUGAACACCUGGGGUGGACGUUCGCGAACCCUGCUGAAAGCGUCCCGCAAUCUAACGGAACUCGAAAAGACCAACCGCGAGGACAGCAUCGUCUUCCUCUCAGACUGCUGGCUAGACAACCCCGUCGUCCUGGACAAGCUCAAGCUGCUCCUGCAAGGUUACAACGAAUUCCCCCCGAUCGCGAUCGUCCUCAUGGGCCCGUUCUCCAAAAUUACCGAAGAUCCGUACUCCCUCAAAGGUCGCUUCGCCGCCCUCGGAGAAAUCCUCGCCGGCUGCGAAGGCCUCAAAAUGCAAACCGAAAUUGUCCUCGUCCCGUCCUGCGACGACCCCACGGCGGCCAACAUCCUACCCAGACCACCCCUGCCAGACUGCCUCGUCACAGAACUUAAAAAGCGCUACCCCCGAAUCACCCUGGCCACCAACCCGUGCCGGCUCCAGUACUGCACCCAGCAGAUCGUCGUCUUCCGGAUGGACCUGGUCACGAAGCUGUGCCGCAACACGAUCCACUUUCCCAAAAGCGGUCAACUCGAGGAUCACUUUGCGCGGACGCUCAUCAGCCAGGGCACGCUGGCGCCGCUGCAUCCGAUUGCGCUUCCGGUGCACUGGAACUUCGAUGCGGCACUGUCGCUCUAUCCGCUGCCGGAUUUGAUCGUGGUUGGGGACCCGAGCCAGGGCUUUCAGGUCACCGAGCAGGAGUGUACCGUGCUGAAUACGGGAUCGUUUCCGAAGAGCAAGUUUGCCUUUAAGGUUUACAUUCCGUCGUCGCGGACCGUAGAGGACUCGCAGAUUCCGGAUGAUUGAUUGUAUGAUUGUUUGUAUGGUAACAAUAAAUUAUUUAAUUUUUUUUUGUGAAA